AUGGAUCCAGCGGAUUCAGGAAGCACCUCCGACUUGGAGGACCACUCCAAGUCCUGGGGAUCGGACGCGCGAUCGCCUGCCCCAUCCGCCGAUGAUGCGGGUAGUGCGUUGCAGCCCCAGAGUGAUUGCGGAAUAGGUCACCGUGUUUUGGCCAGUCGCUCUGUCCUUGCUUUGGUCAUUGACGAGGAGUGCGUCUUUGCCGGUUUGCAAGGAGGUGACAUUGUGGCGUGGUCGCUCGAGACAUACGAUCUCGUCUAUUCCGUGCAUGCACACAAAGAGAGUGUGCUGGGAUUAUAUCUGUCAGACGAUGGCAAUCUAUUGUUCUCCAGUGGCGGUGAUUCUGUGAUCAAUGUUUGGUCAACGAGGACUUUUGAGCGCCUCUAUUCCAUCUACUCCCACCAUGAUGUGGGUGAUAUCUUUACCGUGGUCUAUUCGGCCAACAAUCAAACAUUAUAUUGUGGUGCUCAAAAUACUAGCAUUCAAUGGUGUGAUUUGUCUGAAGAAGGCUCGACUCUCAACCAGAAGGCCUCAGCCGCUCAUCCAUCUAAACGGGCCCAUCGCUUCUUCGAUUCAAAAGGCCCGGAUGGGACGAGGGCUCCUCGACCAUCAGAUGGCGCCCAGUCCGUAUCGGAAGGCGGACGGGUUCUAACUUUCAAGCGAGACCAUCAUAAAAUCUUCGCUCACCAUGGAUAUGUUUACUCCAUGUUACUUGUCAAGGGCUUGAUUGAAUCGGCACCAUCCGAGGAGGCGCUAUUGACGGGCUCGGGUGAUGGCGUAGUGAAGCUUUGGCGUCUUGGUCAAACUCCCGGCGCUGCUCCGUCGCAGAUCGCGAAGCUCCAGAAUGGAGACCCUGUUCUGUCGAUCGCGGUUGAAGGUUCAUUGUUAUACUGUGGUCUUGCAGGUGGCGCUUUGAAUAUCUGGAAUCUGGACUCACAGCAGCUUGUUAAACGGAUAUCUCGCCAUAUCGGCGACCUGUGGGCAGUCCAUGUUAUCCAAGGUGUUGCAAUCUGCGGUGAUUCUACUGGAGUAGUCAAGAAAUUCAACUCUCGCUUCGAGGAGGUCGGCAGCUGGGUUGCUCAUGAAGGUACUAUGCUGGCAUCCGCGGCUGGUCGAUUUAAGGACCGUCAUAUCUAUGCCACUGGUGGAAAUGACAACACGGUGGGGAUAUGGGAUCUCACAGAGUUUUUCCUGACUCAAGAAGAACUCCCGCCCAUCAGUAACGAUGAAAUGGUUAAUAGCCUAGCAAAGUUCGUGUCAUUCAAAACGGUGUCAGCAAGCCCGAAAUUUGCCGGCGAGUGCAACCAAGGUGCUGCGUUCCUUCGUCGACACUGCAACUACCUUGGUGCGAAGACAAAGCUACUCACCACUGGCCAGGAUACCAAUCCUAUCGUCUAUGCCAGAUUUAAUGCGACCUCUCCUGAAAAGGUUGAUAAGACCAUUCUCUUUUAUGGCCACUACGACGUUGUCGGUGCGGAUGCAAACAGACCCAAGUGGAAAUCGGACCCAUAUCAACUCACGUCGAUCAACGGUUUCCUCUACGGCCGUGGUGUGUCGGAUAACAAAGGCCCCAUUUUAGCAUCCCUCUAUGCCGCGGCUGACUUGGCCCGCACGAAGUCUCUUCGCUGCAAUGUGGUGUUCAUCAUCGAGGGCGAGGAAGAGUCGGGAUCUCAGGGAUUCCACCAAACAGUGCGAGAGCAUAAAGAGGAAAUUGGCCCUGUGGACUGGAUUCUACUAGCCAACAGCUACUGGCUAGACGACUAUAACCCUUGCUUGACAUACGGACUCCGAGGUGUUGUACAUGCCAAUCUGGUAGUGACAAGUGAUCACCCAGAUCUGCACAGUGGUAUUGAUGGCAGUGCUCUUUUGGACGAGCCUAUCAAGGACUUGUCGCUUUUGGUAUCAACCUUGGUCGGACGGAAGGGCAAGAUUAAUCUUCCCGGUUUCCAUGACACUGUCAAGCCGCCCACAGAGGCUGAGGAGAAGCGAUUCCAGGCUAUCGCCGACGUCCUGCUACCUCACCACCCCGAGAUUCCCAGUAGCCAAGCCUUGAUCAAAUCACUCACAUACCGUUGGCGUGAACCCUCUUUGACUAUCCACUCGAUGGAGGUACCAGGAAGCAAGAGCGGAACGACCACGAUCGCGCGCAAGGCCAAGGCAAGCCUCUCCAUCCGUAUCGUCCCCGACCAAGAGGCCGAUGACGUUGCAGCAAAUUUAACUGCCUUCGCCCAAGAGCAAUUUGACUUGCUUGAAUCGCAGAAUGACCUUACGGUAGAGAUCACGGGUAAAUCAGAUGCAUGGCUUGGCGAUCCUGACAACCAGAUUUUCGCAACACUUUCCGACGCAAUCACCGCAGCAUGGACACCGAAUGAACAAACAUCAAAGCAUCAAUACCCAGCCGUGCCACAGCUCACAAAUGGUCGCGCGACCCCUACCAGCAAACCAUCGGCAGCCCACACCCUUCUCCGCCAAGAUUCAUCCGAUAGUCUUGCUUCCCAUGUUGAUCGCGUCAUUACAUCAACGACAACUUCCUCCGCAGGCAAAGCCGCGGCGCGCAGGCGCUCUGCACAGCAAAGUGGCAAUGUGCCGACUUCGUCAACACUUACUCAAGCAGCAGCCGCAUCAGCUUCUUCCAGUGAAUCACUCUCUCUUCCCGUUCGAUCGCAAUCCGAACCGCAGAGCGACACUUCAGACCUCCCAAUUUCGCCAUCGCAAGACACCCGAUCUGGCGUGAAGCCGAUCUUCAUCCGCGAGGGUGGCUCUAUCCCUACCAUCCGAUUUCUGGAGAAGGAAUUCUCCGCACCUGCUGCCAACCUUCCCUGUGGUCAAGCCAGUGAUAACGCUCACUUGGACAAUGAGCGGAUGAGGGUGGAGAAUUUGUACAAAAGUCGAGAGAUUUUCCGAUAUGUUUUCGCGCAUUUAGUGGACAAGGUUUGA